AUGGAAGCAACAGACAGCCCAGUAGAGGAAAUUCAAGGGCGAGAAAAUUAUACCCUGGUCAACAUUGCUGGCCACAUUUUAUUUGAUGGUGCUGCAGAAACUGUGAAUGUAAUUCACAAAAAUAAUUUGACUAAACAAGAAGUCCGGUUUGCAGAUAACAGUGGAUCUCUAAGGCUGGUCUUGUGGAAACAGCACAUAGCUCCUUCAGGAUCAACUGCUGACAAAACUGCCAAGGUACACAAAAAUUUGCUCAAAGUGAAGGAAUUGACCUUUGAGAAAGCUGUAGAUAUUGCUCAUGCCACCGAGAGUACGGCUGUUCAAAUGAAAGUUAUAUCUGCUGAGUCUGGAUUAAGUGCUGUGAAAGAGAACGAUAAGAGCAGUCAGAAAAUGCCCCAUCUGUCAGCAGUGGCUGGAUCAAGGACUGUAGAUUCUGUGGUAGGAACCACAAAAGCCGCAGCUGCCCUGCCUUUGGCCAGAUUUGUGCAUAAUUAUUGUAAAAAGAGGAAUCGUUUUACUGCCAAUUGCCCAGCAAAAAGCAAGGUCUCUACUGUCCAAGAGCAAUUCUAUUUAAGUGCUGCAGGUGUAGGAAACAAUUUGUUGCCCUUUCCAUCUGUGAGGCAACAAAUUAAAAUAAAGGCCAGUAUUCUUACCAUCACUGGAAAAGACACGACUUCCCUAGAUAUACUUGACAAUAUGAAUAAACAACUGUAUACUAUUACAACAGAGCAGGAUGGGGAAUUGGUGAAAGAAUUUUCAGACCUUAGUGAUGAUGAUAUCACUGAACUGCUUCUUACUGUAGAAGGAACAGUUGUAUUCAAUGAAAAAAUCCCAAAGACAGGGCUCAAACAAAAAAGUGUGCGCAAUGCUGUGAAGGAAAGGGCAAAAAUAUUGGCUGGGGAGAGAAAGAGUUGGCUAUAUACAAAAAGACGAGUCCGGCGUGAUGCCCUUUCGGAAGAAGAUGGGAAGAAAAUUUUUAGCUACUGGACGUACACAGCUAGUCGACCAACUGGAGACAAGAAAGAUCUUGCUAAGCAACGUAUUGGGAAGCAGGAAUAUGUCCAUCACGCCAAACAUGUUUUGGAAAAAACACAGACUGAGGCAUUUCUUGAGUUCCAGGAGUUGCAUCCAGAAGUCAAAGUAAAGCAGAGGAAAUUUGAAAGUCUUAAGCCAUUUUUUGUAAGACAAGCAAAGGAGAGGGAUAGAUGAUCAUGCCUUUGCAGAAAGCUUGUAGAAACACAAAUUGUGUUUAAUGCGUGCAUGAGAUUUCGCAAAGAUGUCCUGAAACUCCCUAUGACUGAUACCAACAGUGAAGACGCAGUAAUACUAAAAAAUGUAACUGAGGCUGCAGAAAAGACCCUCUGUCCUAAACCAGAUAACAGCAAAUUCCACAAUAUUCAGUGCUUUGAACGGGAGUGUGAUUCAUGUGGAGUUGAUGGCCUCAAGCUGCUGCCAGAGGAGACUUCUGAUGAGGGAACUGUUCGGUGGUCGCGCUAUGAGUACAUGCCCACUGGGAAGUUUCUUUCAAAUGGCCAAGAGAAGAAAAAGAUAGUUCUCAUGCCAAAAGAAACGCCUCCAUCUGAAAUGUUUCAAUACUUGAAAGAGCUCCUAGCUGUGUAUCCAAGCCACUGCUUUAUGGCUAAAUGGCAACGUGACCAGCUGGACAGCCUCUUGGAUAACCUACCUCUUGACCAUGUUAUCUGUGUGCAUGACUACUCUGAAGGGUAUUCAUGCAGACAACAGGAUGAGAUACAGUCGGAGUACUUUGACAUCGCCAAGGUCUCAAUCCAUGUUACCAUCCUUCACCGUCAUGCAACAGAGGCCAUAGAUGGUGAAGACAGUACAGAAGAGAAUCCUUUGCUUAUCAAGGAACAUCUGUUUGUAAUAUCAGAUGAUCAGGGUCAAGACCAGGACAGUGUACACAAAGUACAGGAACUUAUUAAACAAUAUUUAACUGAAGACAUUGGUAUUCCAGUAAAACAAAUGCAUGAAUUCACCGAUGGUUGUGCAGCUCAGUACAAGUCACGACACUGUGUUGGAGAUCUUUCUUGUGCCCUUGCUGACUUUGGUUACCCUGUGCAGCGGAAUUACUUUGAGACCUCUCAUGCCAAGGGAGAGCAGGAUGCUGCUGGCUCACAUGUGAAGCAGAAGGUCAGCCAAGCAGUCCUCAGCAGAGCUGCUACCAUCAAUAGUGCUAAAAGUAUGUAAGAAUACUUAGUGGCUAACUUUGCACAGCCUGCUACCUCAAGCUUCUCAGCUAGAACGAAAGCUGUACAGCUAAAGCGAAGGGUUUUCUUUUACGUAACGUCCUCUGGCGAAGGAGCUGUGGAAAGGAAGAGAGAUGGCAGAAAGUUCAAAGCGGUGAAGGGAAUUCGUAAGUGGCACUGUGUUAAAUCACUUCCUCGGCAAGAGAAAGUGAUGGUGAGACACAGGUCCUGCUACUGCACCAGCUGUAUUUUUGGUGAAGAAGACAACUGUUCCAACAAAGAGUGGCUGGAUGAGUGGAAAACCAUUAAUAUCUUGAGAGAUGGCUCAGUGGCAACCACUAGGCAAGCAAAUGAAGAGCCAAUUCUUGACCACGAUACCGCAGUACAUUUAGCAGACCUGGCUGUGAAGGGCAGUACAGUGGCUAUUGCUGCUGAUGAAGACCCGAUGUAUGAUUUUUAUCUCCUCCAGGUCACCUCGGAUGGAGUUGAAGAACUUGCCUUUGACUUCACAGAUGAUUACCACUGUACUGCACUAAAAGGUCAGAAGGUGUUGAAAGGCCACUUCUACUUACGAGAGAACAUCCAUGAUAUGACAUUCACCCUUGAUGUCAAACGCAUUGCCAUGGUAUAUGCAGCCACUGUGCGCCAUAUUUGUGGAGACCNCUUUCCAAAUGGGUAUCGUGAGGUUUCACGACUAAAAAAUGACAUACAGUGCUAUUUGUUAUUAUCUACAGUCGACAUCAUCAUUCUUUAUUCACACUUAUUCUACUAA